UGCAGUAAACUUUCUCUUGUUGAAAAGUUGAGAAUUUGUUCAGAUUUUGACAGGAUCUGCUUGCAGUUAUGGAAGUGGCUCUGUUGUUUGUCCAGAACAUCUGCUACUAUCCAGUGCAGGACCUCACACUCACUGAAACCAAACCGAUUUGUGAAAACGAAGCCAGUUAUUCACCUCCCUGGAGACCCUGGAUAAUGACAUCCAGAGACUUAGAGAGGCAGAGGUGCAGAAGUCAAAACUCACCCCACUUGGCAAUAGGAGAGACCUUAUCUUCCUUAUUUACUCAUCCAGUCAGGUUGAUGUGGCCCAAGAACAAAUGCUUUGACUAUUUGUACAGUGAAGGGCAGGAACUUUUGACAGCAUUCCCUGUGCAAGCUACAAUCAGCUUCUAUACUGAAUCAGACAGCGAGAAUGAAGAUGAGGAAUUUGAUGAGGAAAAUGAAUUAGAAGAAGAACCAGUCAUAGGGGAAGAACAUGUUGGGGAAAAACAAAUAGAAAAGACAACAGUUGUAGCAGGUGAUAUACUAAGGCAUACUGACAUAAUAUAUUAA